AUGGCGCCUUGGAUCGACCUGCCAUAUGAGAUUAGGAAUGUCACUCCCGAGGAAGACAAGAUAAUCAAGAAAUGUCUCAUCGGUUACACGAAGCCCUUCGUCAAAUGCGGGAAGAAUGAAUACGUGAUGCCGGCCGCCUUUAGGAAACACGCAGAAGCCAUCUACAACCUGGAGGUGCGGCCGGACGAUGUUUGGGUUAUAACGUUUCCGCGAUCAGGAACGACGUGGACGCAGGAAAUGGUAUGGCUGAUAGAAAACGAUUUAGAUUUCAAAGCAGCAAAGGAAAAGCCGCUGUAUGAAAGGUUUCCAAUGUUGGAAACAACAGCGCACAUACCACGGAUGGCGUUUGAAUUGAUAAAAGCAAAUUUCAUGAACUUGGCCUAUUUCCAAGGAUUGAAUCACGCAGUAAGGAAUCCCAGCUGGCGAUCGAUAGCUGAGGCACCAUCGCCGCGCUUUAUCAAAACACACUUACCUCUUUCGCUGCUGCCACCAAAGCUCCUAAGCACUGCCAAAGUUAUAUAUGUAGCAAGAGAUCCGAGGGACGUGGCCGUAUCGUAUUAUUACUUACACAAAAUGGUCUCGAAGACCCUGAUGAGGUCGACUUUCCUUAACUUCUGGGAGGCAUUUAGAAGAGACCUGCUGCCUUGGACACCGAUUGUAGCACACACGAAUGAAGCGUGGGAAAAGAGACAUAAUCCGAAUCUCCAUUUUAUAUUUUACGAAGAUAUGAUAAAGGACCUUCCCAAAGAAAUUCGCACGGUAUGCAAGUUCCUAAACAAAAAAUACUCUGCCGAACAAAUCGAGGAGUUGGCUGAGUACCUCAGUUUCGACAGUCUCCGUAAGAAUAAGAGCGUCAAUAACACAACGGGCGAAAAUAGUGAUGUGCAAUUUCUUAGAAAAGGUGAAGCCGGGGGCUGGAAAACGCACUUUGAUGCCGAAAUGGAACUGCAGGCUGAGGAAUUCCUAUCUACACGCCUCCAAGGCCUAGAUCUCUCUUAUCCCUCAUUUCCUCUCUACGAGAAUGAGUGCUCCCAUUUA